CGGAUACGACAAACUGAUAAAUCAUAUGUAAUUGGUAAACAAGAAAUUGUCAAAUCAAAAUAGUCAAAUUAUUAAAAACGCUUGGUUUUGUGAGUGCUGUCAUAUUACGAAAUCUUAUUAAUAUUUUCAAAAAAUUGUUUAUCUUUUCGUUAAAGUUAUUUUUUUUCCUAGUUUUAAACGUGAGAUUGCUAAAUAUUUAAAGGAUGUCAGACACACCAGAUUGCACAGAACGUUGUUCAUCAGAAAUCCAUGGAGAUAUAUUAUGUGCAGCCUUAACUAAACGAGAAGUAACUGAUUAUCAACUCUGUGCAUUUUUAUCCAAAACAUGUUAUUGUUGUGGAACUGUAAAGGAUUCUUUAGGUCGUACUAGUUUACAUAUUGCAGCCAGUUGUGGUCGUACAAAUAUUGUAAAGUGGUUAAUCAAUUACAAACAUGCAAAUAUUAAUGUUAAAGAUAUUGAAUCUGGGUAUACUCCUUUACAUAGAAGUAUUUAUUAUGGAAAAAUUCACACUGCUAUUUCUCUUCUAAAAAUGGGUGCUUGUAUUGACACAAGUGAUCUUGAUGGUUUAACUGUAUUAGAACAUGCAAUGAAAGAUUUACAACUUCCAUUAGAACCAUGCAUAUCAAAUAGUGGUGAAAUAUAUGUGUGGGGACAGAAUACAAACUAUACAUUAGGGCCUCAUCAAGCAAGAUCAUUACCUGAACGCCUAGAUUUAUUUUACAAAGAAAAUCCGGAUGUUGAAAUUUGUUGUGUUUGUCUGGAAAAAUUUCACAGUAUUCUAUUAACAAGAGAUGGAAAAGUUUUUGCUAGUGGGCAUGGGCAAGGUGGACGAUUAGGAUUGUCUACUGAAGAAACAGUAUUAUUGCCAAAACAAGUCAGGUUUGGAAAAGCAGUAGCCUUGUUUAACAUUAAACAAAUUAGUAUUGCAAGAGAUCAUAGUGUCUUCUUAAAUGAAAAUGGGCAGAACUGUAGCUAG